CAUCAACGUCGAGUAUCCGGCCAAGAGGACCCCAUCCCGAGCUUCCUCAAAGCCAGCAACAUGCCACUCUACAAGGUGUACCACUCCUAUCCCAUAACGGACGAGCAGCGUCAAGCCCUCGCAACAUCCAUCACCAAUCUGCACUGUGAGACCUUCACCACUCCAUCCUUCUUCGUCCACAUACGAUUCAUCCCGCACGACGCAAGCGAUGGCAACUACUUCAUGGCCGGCCGACCUCGCCUAAUCAACUCCAACUACAUUGUGGGCAUUGUCCGUACAUCGCCCGCCCGGUCCAAAUCCACAUUCGAUGCCCUUGCGGCCAAAAUCGAAACCGCAUGGUAUGAGGCGGUCCACAGCCAGCCAUUCAAGGGCUUGGACAACGACGAACAUGAUACCGAAAGAAAGAGACUUCGCAUGGUCACGUUCACACCUAUGAUCACCAUCCGCGAAGGGGGUAUGGCAAUCCCAGAGGCUGGUACGGAGGGCACCUGGCUCAAGGAGCAGCUGCCUUUUAUAAAGCAGAUGAGUGAGAGGGAGGGUCUCGAUGACUUUACUGAGAUGCUUCGCGAGAUCGAGGAACGGGAGGAUUUGAAACGAUUAGUCUCGGAGUAGGGCCCAAUCAUGCGAUGAAGGGUGUGGCUCAAUAACGACCCUGCGCACUUGCUUUUCACUCCGUCUGACCGUGCCCCUCAUUUAGUGACAGCCAAUUGUCUUGGCGGUAGCGAUAGGAAUUGGCGGAGCCUUUAGGAGUGCUUUAUAAAACGGAUAAGCUAAGCCAUUCCAUAGUGUUAUGCCCUAGUCCACGAUACUACGAGCAGGAAUGACAGCCAAGAUUUCCUU